GCUGAUUUGCACAGAAAACAGCGGUCUGAAACAGCGGGAACACAACACGUAAAAUGUAAUCGCGUGUUGUUGAUGCUUUUGAGUGCUCAUGCCGGUAUUAAAUGAAAUAACACUUGAGGUGCGCUUUUCACGGACACAUGCAAACGUUUUGGAAGGUCUCAUGUUCUGUUCCCUUUCAACUCCUCAUCGUUCAGUCUCCAAACGUAUCGGUGCAUUGUUACGGUUUGUUUGUACUAUGCGAUUUGAUUUACGGUUCAUUUACGAUCCCAGCAGUGCCUUAAUCACCCGUUCCUGCCAAUCACUCGUCUCUGCUGUUCUAUCGUGCCGUUCUCUGCGAAAUCAUCAAAAUUUUGUUAUCUCAUUCACAUCCCUGCGUAUCCCAUCAAGUGAUAUGGCCCGUUCUUGUCUUACACCAAUCACCUCUACCAUCUGCAAGCAUAUCGUUCCCAUGGACAGGUUUGUACUAGCCCGGUCCACCCAUGCACAUCGACAGAUGAGCACCAAUCGUCUUAAAAAACAACAGACAUCCAUCCAUCAUCCCUCAUAUCGUUGCUGCCUCUUAUCCACAGCACUUUAUUCGUCUGUCAACACAUCACGCACCAUCGCACGUGAAACAAAUCACGUAAAACACCAAACACAAAACAUCUCAUCAUCUAUAAAAGCGGCACAAACAUAA